AUGGCUGAUAUAGCCCCGAAAACUCCAACAAAAAUUUAUUCGCGAAAAGGAAGGAAACCUAAAGCAGCAUCUGUUGACGAUUAUUGCAGAGCGUGUAAGUGCUCUCUUAAAAAUAAAUACGGUUCUCUGGGGUCGUUUGUCAACGUGUUUAAGCAAACAAAUAGAGCGGAAUUCAGAGGUAUUGUUGUUGCUAGUGUCUGCGAGCAGUCCGGACUACAGCUGAAGGAAAUUUCCUCCUUGUCUACGAGAAUUUGUCCAUCGUGUAGCAGGAAAAUAAAAACAUUUAUAGAUUUGCAUACCUUUUUCUCAUCGGAAAUUAAUAAGCCUGGGCCAGAAACAGCUAUAUCUACAGAGAUAACGACCGCCAAACGUCUUUUGCAGUUGACUCCGGGAAAAAGUCCGUCAAGAAAAGCAAGGCGAAUUUCAGCAGAGGCAGACAGUGUUCAUACACCUAUUGAGAACAAGCUUCGGACUCCUGCAUCAAGGAGACGGAUUUUAUCUUGUAACGAUAAAGAAAAUAAUGACAAUAUACUCUCUCAUUUGAACAUUGAAGACAUUAUUGAGUGCCAAACGACGAGGGUAAAAGUUCUGAUUUUGUCACCCAAUGGCGAUAUCAAGGUAACAACACCACAAGACAAGAUAACGAUUGGAAUUGUUAAAAAUCUCGCGCUAAAAAAUUGGAAAGCAGCAACAAACGCGUUUAUUUCCCACAAGGAUGCCCUGCCAGAGCUACUUGAGGCUCUGAACCGGAAUGUCAAUAGAGAGUUUAAAGAAUUCUGCAAAUCAAAUACUAUACUUAAGGGACGAAAACCCGACGAACUCGUCGCAUUUUCAAACAAGCUGCUCGCGAAAGAGGUCGAAGUGUACUUGCCAUUUUGGAAUGCAUGCGUUCGUGGAUCCUGCGGAGAAAAGAUUAAUUGUGGCAAGGACGCCGUGAAUGCAAUUGCUUUAACCACUGCCACAGUAGCACGUCAAAGAAUUAAAGAUUUAUCUGCAUUCCACUACCGUGUUUCAACCGUGCUAUGUCACAGUGGUGUGUCAUUUGACGGAGCAGUCCUGCUCAAUAAGUUUGGAAUAUGCAUGUCUCCCCAGCGAAUGAUCAACCUCCAGAGGGAGAUGGGGAAGGAACAUGAUGCAAAACUGCAGGUGUGGAAGAGAGAGGUGCAGAAAAACGAGUCUGCUUGUAUGUUGUUACAGGAAGUUAUAUCAAAACAACUGCCGCCGUUAGCAGAGGAUGACAUGGAACUAAAUCGUACAGUAGACAUGAAUGAGGAAUCACUGCAACACUACAAGUUUUAUAACAAGGACAUAUUCAAUUACUGUUUGUCAGUUAUUGUACCUAUUAAGGAACAGUUGAAUGAAUGCCAGACAACUGACGAUGUUUUAAAGGCAGCAUUGGAUGUGCUUAAAGGACAAGAAAUCCCCUAUUACAAGUGAGUAUAUUCGCAUGUUUGGUUUAUAUUUAGCAAAAAUUCUACAAAUUGGCCGAAUUAUCAUUUAUAAGUACAUGUACGACAUUUAUUUACAUUGCCACACCCAUAGGCCCAUACCCAAGUAUUUACAUUGUACCUCCCCCUCCCCCAAUAAAUACACGCUUCCAUAAGUGCUCAGCUUCAAAUGGCUAUAAAGCCUCAUUUUCAUGAUUUGAGAUAUUAGGUUUAGAGUCUUUUACCUUUUUGCAGAUGGACACAUAUAUACUCGUACAGUUAUAUUAGAUAAUAUAUAGUAAAAGACCUUGAUAUAUUUUGAUCAUCCGUAACAAGAUAAAGGGCUCUGAAGCCAAUAUCUCAAUCCCGAAAACAAGGCCUAAUAGCCAAGGCUAAGUACAUUUCAGAAGGGUUUAUUGUGGCAUCCCCCCACCCUCCAAGAUAUAGUGGUCAAAAAUCACCUGUCUUAUAUGUUAAAAUAAAUGGGAUAACAGGCAUUUUGGAUUUUGAUUUAAAGGAUUGUUGGUGACAACCUAGACUUUGAAGUUCAUGCUAGAGUACAAAGCAAAUCACACAAUAACCAAUCCAUACACUGGACCCACCAAUAUGGCAUCAGAGACAGAGUUGUAGAUCGUACAUUGGAGACAACCGAAAGGCAGAAACCAGUAAAUAAAAUCCAACUUUCAAGCUUGCUUGCAGAUGAAGCCACUUGCUUACGACUGCAAAAGCGAUGGGCUGUACUUGUAAGCCGAUUUGUUACCACAUACCUCAAAGAAUUUCGGUAUCUCAAUAACCAUGCAUUAUGGCAUAUUCCACAUAAAUACUCCACUGAAAUGGCACAGAAGUCUGAAAUUGUAAGUUAAAUGUUGCUUCAUACCUUAAAAUGGAAUACUAUAGCACAGGACGUGCAGAAUAUUGCAUUUAAUAUAUAAUAACAUCACAUUCGAAUAUACUCAUAUUAGAUACUUCUCUGUUGUAGUGUUCCCUGGAUUUGGAGUUUGUAAAUGCAAACAUAUCUGGGGAAAUGGCACAGCUCAUGAUUUCCAACCAAGAUAGAUAUGUACCAUCAUUUAUUAACGAUACAGGGAAUAAAGAAAUAAUCAGUCCAGUUGCUAUGCAUGGUGAUCAACUUUUUGAAGAACGGGCAAGGAAUGUUCAGUGGACUUACAGAGUUGGAGAGAACAAGUUUGAUAAGUUGGAGGGUGUUAGUACAGAAUUUGCUGAUUGGCAUGCAAAGGUCACAUUGUACAAGGUAAUAAAUUCAUUGGUCUAUAUAUUUAUGGGUGAAGAUAUUAAUGUUCUAAUUUUAAAAAAGGAGUAAAAGUUUGAUAACCACCCUGUGCAUUGAAAAAUUUACUGUACAGUAUUUAAGUGUACAGUAUAUAUAAAUGAAUUUGGCUACUUUAUCUUACACAAAAAAGUACAAGGUCAAUUAAGGAAAUAAAAUUUUUUGAAAAGCAUUUUCAAAUAUUGCAAUAUCCUCUUUUUGUUGAACAAUAUAGAUUGAAUUUGAUAGAUUUGUGAAAAGUAGCUCUGCAGGUGAAUUAGGCACAACACGUUCAAGUCUGAACAGAACUGGGAAGACAACUGCUGCUCAAGGCAUCGAUAAGAAAUACAACGAGUACAAAGAGUUUAAUGACAGAGAGGUGGAGGCACAUAUAUGUGCUGCAUUCAUGGAAAUGUCAGAUAUGGUUACCAUGGAAUGUGAGUGUACUUAUACUUACUGCAAAUUCUUGCAGUGUAAUAGGAUAUAAAAUAAUUAUGUCAGGAUGUUGGAGAAUGAAAUGGGGUAAAAACACUCAUCAGUGGGUAAAAACCAUAAAGGACAAGGAGAGAAGUUCUUCAAUUCAAGUCUGUUCAAUAUGUGCCUGCUUUUGUGAGUAAAAAAAAAAUAUUGCCAGCAUGUUCCUUUCCUGUAUGUAUUAUAUUUUCCAGCACUUCCGUCAUAUGAUCUUCCAGAUGACACAGUGCCAAGAGAUGCCAAAUCACAGUGGCUGCUUCACAUUUGUGAGCAGUUAGUAAAAACCCACCUCUUCGGCUCAGGGGAAAUAACUGAUUUUGUUCAAAAAGCUGAUGAUCUGCAAAGAGCCUUAGGUGGUCCAUUUCAUUGCAGACAAGAUGAUUGUCACAAGAUCUACAACCAACACUCACGGAGAAUAAAGUAUGAAAUUAAACUAUUAUAUUACUGGGUUUAUUUCAAGAACUUUUUAUCACUGCACAAAUAUUUGAAAUAAUCCAUGUUCAGUAGCACAAUGAAUUUAAACUGCAUUGGAGCUAUAAUCUUAUUUGUGCAGUGAUAAGCACAACAUUGUUUUUACAGUAUCGCUGCACCAACAUCAUUAACCCUUUAAAUAGCAAUGUGCCCUGAUGGGACCGUGCUGUCACUCAAUGGGUUGAUCACAGCCCAAGUUGAUGAUCACUGCAAACUAACCCUUUAAGUGGCAAUAUGCCAGGGGUUUUUUCCGGAUUUUCUCUUGGGUCCGUUUGUGCAGAGAAGAUUGAGUUUAGCUGAACAACUGGGGUAGCUGCAUCGCCCCCCACCGGGGGCUGACACUUGUAUUCAAUAAAUGUAGUUGAGACGGAAUGUGUUAAAGUCGGGGCACUGGAGGACACUAUAAACUGGUUAAAGAUGGCGAAUGCAUAGUUUUUUUUCUUGUGUUGUGAGAUGAAUUCCAGCCAUUUUUUCUUAAUUUUCGGGUUUCCAACUGAACACUAAUUUCCACACGUCACAAAUUUAACUCAAACAACUUCAUUUUUACUGCACUGAAACUUUGGUGAGAAGAUUGAGUUUCAAAACUCAAUUCAAGAUUGAGUUUAUGGGUAACGGCCCUAAAAAAUCCCUGAAAAAACCCUGCAUGCCCAGAUGUGCCCUGAUUUGUUAUUUUACUUUGUCUAAUGCCAGAAGAUUUUACUCAUCAGGGGGAGAGUUCUGCCACUCAAUGAGUUAAAUAAUCACCGAAUAAUUUGCAUUUUCUCUGUGUACAACAAAAAACAUUACCAUAUUUUCAGUUGCUGAUGCACAGAUGAACCCUCAAUGAACUUAAAAAUCAAAUAAACUACUAACAUGUAAACUGUCUUUUAAUCAGAUAACCUGUGUCUGAAAGCAUUCUAUCUGUCCUUUUUCCUUUUCAAGACAUGAAAUAGAUGUACAUGGAACAAAAUUCAAUGAGUGCACUGCAUCGGAUCUGGAUGAAUUUGGGUACUACAAUUGUGCAGCAGGAUGUGGAUAUGUGUUCAGUACAAAAACAGCCCAAAACAGGUACAAAGAAAUUGGUCAUGAUAUGGCAACCUAAAUGAUAUGAUAAAUCUACAUUGUUCGUAAACCUUUAAUUGACAAAACAUAAACAAUGAAGGAGAUUAAACUUGCAGUACCACUGACUGUACAGUAUGUACCUACAUGUACCAUAUACAGUAUCAUGUAAAUUAGUGCAAUAUGCUGAAUGUUGCAAUAUAUUUUAUAUAAUUAUAUUUUAUUCAGUUUUGCACUAAUUAACAUUUAAUCUCCUUCAUUGUUAUUAUUAUUGCAACAUUUUUAUUUUAUAUAUAAUAUUCAUUAUGCUUUUGUAAUUACAGACACUUGAGAGACAAACAUGGAGACUUUGAACUAGAUAAUGAAGUUCAGGAUGACAACUGCACCUUGCCAAAGUCUGACUAUAAAUUCAACUAUCAUCAGUCAAAGCUCAUGUUUGGCUUGCUGUUAAGAGAUUUCAAUGACACUAUCAGAGAAGGGGAUGGUGAACACCUAUUUGAUUUAUAUAAGCUUGCUUUGUUGCUCUAUCACAGUGAAAAACACACAAAAUAUGCCUAUGUUGUCCUGCUUCACCUUCUAAAGAUUGUUGCUAUACUCCCAGAAUUUGAUGCCCAUAGAUUGAAAUGGAACAGGUUUUACAAUAAGUAUGGUGGUAAAGGUAACAAUAUUUCAUUGGACCUUAAGAAAGAGCAACAAAACAAGGUUCUCAACACCUUCUGGAGAGCCCUUGGUGCAAAUAUUAAUAAAGCAAAUGCUGCAAGGGUGGCUCAUGCAUUAGAGCCUCUUGAAGCUAUUAUGGAAUCUGUGAAUGCAGACUGUAGGUAUGGUGGACGAAUGGGACGACGCUCUGUGUCAAAUCAGGAAGAGAGUGUCCGGCAAAUAGUUGAUGAUCUUGUUGCUGAAAAAGUAUUUCACUUUACAGAAGGCAGAGAAGGUCAUCCUUCAUUUCCACACUUUGAUGGACGACUUGUCAGAGACAUUGAUCACCGCGAAGUUCACGGCUGGAUAAGUGAGCAUAUCAAACUAUGGGAAUCUAUAUAUGAGCCAACUGUAUGAUUGUUUAUUAGCCUCCUCCGCAGGCAACACUGUAGUUCUGCAAUGUUAAAAUAUGUUCUGGACAAAAAUUCAUAUCAACAACUAGAAAAGAUUUAUUAGGAAUGUAGGAAAUACAACAUACAUACAUACAUACAUACUUUAUUGUGUUCCCUAAAUAGGGAUUUUCAACACUGAUUUACAAAAAAUAAAUGUUGUUCUAUUUACAAGUUUUAGAAUCUAGAAUUUAAAUUAAGGUAAAAAGGUAAGACAUUUGUAUAAAGUUUAACAAGGUAAAAUUAUCUACUUAUAUAUUUGUUCUAGCAUGCUUCGCUUCAGUUCGGUUUUGAAAGUUUUUAGGGAGUCUAACUUUUUGUACUUUAUGUCCAAAUCAUUCCAGAGUGUAACGCCUCUAUAAUGAAAGGACCUUUGACCUGCAGAAGUUUUGUACAAUGGUAUUUGCAGUGAGUCAUGGCUACGUGUAUCUCGUUGAUGAAUGUCAGAACGGUUUGUGAAUAAAUCGCUCAAAUAAUGUGGAGCAAGUUCAUUGACACAUUUGUACAUCAUAAUAGCCUCUCUUAGUAGUAAUUGUUCCUUUACUGGGAGCCAGUUAAGUUCGCGUAAGCCCGGCGAAAUAUGGUCGAACUUUCCAAUAUUUGUUAUUAUCCUGCAUGCAAAAUUUUGCACCAACUGUAGUUUCUUAAUGUUGGUAGACGAAGUGUUUGACCAAACCGUUGAACAAUAGAACAUUUUGUUCAUUACAAGUGCCGAGACGAUGAGAGUUAAAGCUUCUUUAUCGAAACAUUUUUUGACUCGGUUUAUUUGGCACAGGGAAUUCAUACAUGAGGAAACCAGGUUGGUGAUGUGCUGGUCAUAUGUCAAAUAAAAGUCGAUUGUCAUUCCUAGAUCUUUGGCAAAGGAGACGGGGGUAAUAGUCUCGUUGAGGAAGUUUAUGGUCAUAUCUACGGGAAGUUGUUGUAGGUUUUGCCGUGUGCCAAUCAGCAUGUAUUUGGUCUUUCCCGGGUUAAUAAGCAAUUCAUUUUUUACAACAAAAUAUGAUGUACAGAACUUCAGAGUUGCCUGUGGAGGAGGCUAAUUUUAUCACAAACAGGUUGAAAUUAAUUUGUCACUGUGGCUUUUAAAUUUAAAUCAAAUGGCUGUCAAGAUGGACCCCUUUCGUACGAGAUAAAAGUUGGCCCAAAUCAAAUUUGGCGACGUCACAUCGACCAGCUUCGAGCCUCGAGUGUGAAAGGAAAUGACCAGAGUGAUGAUACGGCUGAACCUCAUCCAGAGCUCGGAGAGACUGGCCAGAAUAUUGCACCAGCAGAAGAAAUUGUCGCAGAGCCGGAUAUCGAACUAGCCACGAAUCCACCAGUAGUGCAACAACAAGAAGCCGGUAGGGCUACAACAGGAUCUGAACAACGCUACCCAACUAGAUCACACCAACCACCCGAGAG